AUGUUUCCUAUGAUUGGUGGUCCGCAAAGAGCUUCACUCUCUACUGGUCCCGGAAUCCGUCGAAAAGUCGGACUUCUUCCAGGUUAUUCUCCAUUAGAUUGGGCACGAUUAAAGUCGUCCAAUACAGAUAUGCGUGCAGGUAUUACUCAACUACAACGAUUCACAAAAGAAGAUUUGGCUUUACAUAAAUCCAAGACAGACAUGUGGAUGUCCUUUCGAGGAAAAGUGUAUAAUGUUACACCAUAUGUGUCGUUCCAUCCUGGUGGUUCAGCUCAGUUGAUGCGUGGUGCAGGCAAGGACAUUACUGAACUAUUUCUCAAGAUUCAUCCGUGGGUAAACAUUGACAUGCCAUUGUUAGUAGUGACAAAUGCAAGCCCAAAAAGUGUCGCCAGGAAUGCAAAAAAUCUUGUCCUGUGGUUCGAAUGGGUUCUCGGUCUUGUUGGAACUAACGGUAUUGGAAAAUCUACUGCUCUCAAAAUUCUUGCCGGAAAACUCAAACCUAAUCUAGGUCGUUUUAGUAAUCCUCCAGAUUGGGAAGAAAUUCUCAAACAUUUUCGUGGGUCUGAAUUGCAAAACUACUUUACCAAAAUUCUUGAAGAUAACCUUAAAGCACUCAUCAAACCUCAGUAUGUUGAUAAUAUUCCAAAAGCCAUCAAGGGUCAAGUUGACAAACUGCUCGAGGCCAAGCGCAGUCGUGAAAACAAGGCAUAUCUUAUCGAACAGCUUGAUUUGGAAGAUGUGCUUGACCGAAACAUUGAAAACCUCUCUGGAGGAGAACUUCAGCGUUUUACUAUUGCCCUGACUGCUGUUCAGCGCGCAGACAUUUAUAUGUUUGAUGAACCUUCCUCUUACCUCGAUGUGAAGCAACGUUUGAAUGCUGCUCGUGUCAUCCGAUCUAUGCUUGGUCCUACCUCGUAUGUUAUUUGUGUUGAGCACGAUUUGUCUGUUCUAGAUUAUCUUUCGGAUUUCAUCUGUGUACUUUAUGGCAUGCCCAGUGCAUAUGGCGUUGUUACUCUUCCAUUCAGUGUUCGUGAAGGCAUCAACAUCUUCCUUGAUGGUAUGGUUCCCACAGAAAAUCUUCGUUUCCGUGACGAAUCACUUACUUUUAAAAUUGCCGAAACCGCUGAUGACAAAUACGAGAAUGAGAAAUUUAGACGGUACCAGUAUCCUGCCAUGAAAAAAGUUCUUGGUAAUUUUUCGCUCACUGUGGAUGCAGGCGAGUUUACCGAUUCUGAAAUCAUUGUCAUGUUGGGUCAAAACGGAACUGGAAAGACCACAUUUAUUCGAUUGCUUGCUGGUAUACUUGCGGCUGAUGGCGAUGAACAAGUUCCAGAACUCAAUGUCAGUCACAAGCCCCAAAAGAUCAGUCCCAGCUUUGAAGGCACAGUUCGCAUACUUUUCCUUAAAAAAAUCAAGGGCAUGUUCAUGCAUCCUCAAUUCCAAAGCGAUGUGGUCAAACCUCUUCAGAUUGAAAAUAUUAUUGACCAACAGGUCAAGACACUCUCUGGUGGUGAACUGCAACGUGUUGCCAUUGUUCUUGUUCUCGGUACUCCAGCUGACAUCUAUCUUAUUGACGAACCUUCUGCCUACCUUGAUUCCGAACAACGUAUUAUUGCUGCCAAAGUGAUCAAAAAAUUCAUUUUCCAUUCCAAAAAGACUGCGUUUAUAGUAGAGCAUGACUUUAUCAUGGCCACCUACUUGGCUGAUCGUGUGAUUGUAUACGACGGUACACCCAGUAUUUGUGCCCGUGCCAAUCGACCCGAAUCCCUUCUCACUGGUAUGAAUACCUUUUUGAAAGCUUUGGAAAUCACAUUCCGUAGAGACCCAACGAAUUUCCGACCACGCAUCAACAAGCAUGAUUCUGUCAAGGACAAGGAGCAGAAACUAAGUGGAAACUACUUUUUCCUUGAGAGCGAAUAGACAUUUUUAAACACCCGAGCUAUUCUAAAAACUGAUUUGAUUCAAGCCCAUCUUUACAAUAUGUGAUGCUUUUUGGAUCUUUGAUCCGAUGGUUUGCUGUAUUGAUAAUUCUGCAACAAUCUUGAUUUGAAUUAAAGUCUAAUGUGCUGCACC